AGAGGGAGUAUACAUUAGACUGCAUCUCGCCAGCAAAAUCACCUUCUGAACGGCUAUACUGAGAGAGAGAGAGAGGGGAGGGGGGGAGAGAGAGCUGCUGCCGCCGCCGCCAUUGUUUAAUCCUUACAUAACUACAAAGCCUCCUCACCUUGUAGUUGUAGUUAUUAUUCACAUGUGACUAAUGAAUUCAUCAAUGUCUGAAUCUGAAAUGAAGUGAAACAUACAAGGAUGAAAAUCACUCGAAAUCUGGACCCUCCAUCCAUACCAACAACUAAAUCCCCAAACCCAUCUGCUUCACAACACUCAGAUCUUCCCACCAAGACACGACUACCCAGUAGCAUCCGCAAGCCUCCUCACCGGAAACCUCGAAACACCGCCGCCGGAAUCAGAUUCAAGAGACACGGAGCUCCCAGUGGUAAACGGAGCAGACCCGAGAAGCAACUAGUUACUGAGUCAACUCGGAAGAAUGUGAGAAUAGUUAAUAAAGGCAAGGAUGUUUCCGUUUCCAUCUCGGCCAGAAAACUCGCUGCUGGCCUUUGGAGAUUACAGCUCCCGGAAGCUCCUUCUACUGUCGGCGAUAGACUCAGUAAUGAGCAAUUAGGGUUACAGCAGUCUACAUCGGGGCACAUCGAAUAUUCUCAUUUUAGUCAUAGUAAUAGUAAACUGUAUUCUUCUCAUCUCAAGGAUCUGCCUUCAAGUCCUCACUCUGCCCAUGGUCGGAAAAAUGAGACUUCUCGUAAGAAAUUUUCAUUACAUAAUUCCAAUCCUGCAAUGGAGGGUGCGACGAAGUGGGAUCCUGUGUUAUAUAAGGCAUCAGAUGAAGUCCAAAGUAUAUACAGCCAUGCGAAGCCUAUCCGUGAACAGGUAGGUGCUGUGUAUAUGGUCUCUUCACUGGAGCUAGAACUUGAGCAGGCUCGCGGGCGAAUUCAUGAACUUGAGACUGAACGACGAUCAUCAAAGAAAAAAGUGGAACAGUUUCUUAAGAAAUUGAGUGAAGAAAGGGCUGUAUGGCGAAGCAGGGAGCAUGAGAAAAUUCGAGCAAUUAUUGAUGAUGUAAAAGCUGAUCUGAACAGAGAGAGGAAAAUUUGUCAGAGAACUCAAUUAGUUAAUUCCAAGUUGGUCGCUGAGUUAGCCGAUGCCAAGCUAUCAGUAAAACGUUUCAUGCAUGAUUUUGAGAAGGAGCGAAAGGCUAGAGAACUGAUUGAGGAAGUCUGCGAUGAGCUUGCUAAAGAGAUUGGAGAAGACAAGGCUGAAGUGGAAGCACUAAAGAGAGAAUCCUUGAAUCUGCGAGAUGAAGUGGAAGAUGAGAGGAGGAUGUUGCAGAUGGCCGAGGUAUGGCGUGAAGAACGAGUGCAGAUGAAGUUAGUUGAUGCAAAGGUGACACUUGAAGAGAAGUACGCACAGAUGCAGAAGAUAAUAGCUGAUCUGGAGACAUUUCUUAGUUCAAAAAAUUCGAUAACUGAUGUAGAGGAAACGGGAAAAGCAGAGUUCCUUCGACAGGUUGCAGCCUCUGUGAAUAUUAAGGACACAAGUGCAUUCACAUAUGAACCAUCAAAUCCUGCUGAUAUUUUCUCUAUUUUUGAAAAUACCAACUUUGGUGAAGCCAAUGAGAGGGAGACUGGACAUUGUGGGAUGUACAGUCCAGCAAGCCAUGCUUCGAAAGUUCGCGCAGUUAGUCCACAUGCAAAAGAUUUGUAUAACAAUGAAGAAAAUCAGAAAUAUGCAAACGCUCAUCUCAGUCAAAAUAGAGAUUUGGAAGAUGAUGAUAGUGGAUGGGAAACUGUAAGCCAUGUUGAUGAUCAAUGCUCAAGUUAUUCGCCUGAUGGCAGUGAUCCAUCCGUUAACAAGAUGCACUGUGAAAGUACCGUGUCUGGCAGUGGAACUGAUUGGGAAGAUAAUGCAGGUGAGAACACACAUACCGAGAUCAUUGAAGUCUGUUCUGUGCCAACUGGGCAACUGAAGAAGGUAUCAUCCAUAUCCAGGUUGUGGAGGACACUACCGAACAAUGGUGAAAACUACAAGAUCAUAACAGUGGAUGGUCUAAAAGGGAGAGUUUCUCAUGGAAGGCUUUCAAAUGGGACUGUUACAUCCCCAGAUCAAGGUUCAGGUAAAGGAGGGUUCAGCCCAACAGAAUUGACUGGACAGUGGAGUUCACCGGAGUCGACGAACCACCAUGUAAAUCGGGGGACGAAAGGUUGCAUUGAAUGGCCACUUGGUUCCCAGAAAAAGAGUUUGAAAACAAAGCUUCUGGAGGCAAGAAUGGAAACCCAAAAGUUUCAGUUGCGCCAAGUCUUAAAGCAGAAGAUCUAGGUUCAGUUGACCUGUACUAAUAAAACUGGACAAAGUCAAUGUUCUCGUACCUGGUCAUGCAAGUUUUAUAUCUUGCCCGCAUAAGAUUACUCAGAUGCUGAUGGAGGAGUAUAUGAAACGAGAUACAUGUUGAUUUCUUGGAAGUUCUAUUUACCGGGUCUUCCUCAUUAAUCACAAUUAUGGAUACAGUUUCUCAUUACCUAUUGACGCCUUAACUACGGUGAUCUGCAUUUGAGAAGCUGCUCUGUUCUGUCCCAGGUGGAGCUCUAGUUUUGCUUAUUUAGAGAAUUCAUAUUCCUAGAUAGAAGUAGACCUGAAGGUAUGAUGUAUUGUGUACUACCUUAUCAUAGUAGAAGGUUAAAAUUUCUCCUACUGUUGUUGUAACUUUAUGUAUAGGCAUGUCACUAAAAUGGUAAAGAACAAUAGUUUCUUGCC